GUGUUAAGGCUACAAGCUACAUUUGCGAUCGCGCAGAUACCAAAAGAUGAUACUUCCCUAUCAGCCGCUGCGAACGAAAAACGUGCCUUUACAUCAGCCACGGUGUUAAUGGAGCUCGGAGCGUAAAUGGACGCUACCGGUGACGUAACAUUCUCGAACAAAGUGGGCUCCUCUAACGCCUCGUCGCGUUCAAAUCUCUUCAACACUCGUCAGAGGAGGAUGCAGACGAGAAUCGUUUACGGAUCCCUCGUGGGGCUUACAGUCUUGGUUCUGGCGCUAGUAAUCGCGCUAGCGGUCGUGGCCUCGAAGAAGUCGACCGGAAGGGAGCCGUCGGCCGCUGCCGGAAGUGACGCAUGGAACGGUGUGUGGGAUCUACCGGAAGUGGAUUGCUCAUACGCGAAAGACAAGCUGGAACGGGCGAAGUGUGUUUUGGACAGUUAUCCUCUGAUUGACGGACAUAACGACUUGUCGGCGAAAUAUCGUAUCUACUCCAACACAUCCGUGUAUAAUGUAUCUCUAACUUCGGAUCUCCGGACGAUCUGGAACAUGUCGCACACCGAUAUACCUCGCCUGCGGGCUGGAAAACUGGGCGGUCAGUUCUGGGCUUGCUUCGUCCCCUGUGGGUCCCAACACAAGGAUGCCGUCCGUCUGUCCCUGGAGCAACUUGACGUCAUCGAGAAGUUCGUCAGGCGAAACCCGGAAACGUUCACUUGGGUCACAACGUCGCAAGGUAUUAUAGAUGCAUUCAAGGCUGGUCGGGUGGCCAGUCUAGUCGGUCUUGAAGGAGGCCACUCUAUAGACAGUAGGCUGGGCACCCUGAGAAUGUUUUACAAUUUGGGAGUGCGCUACAUGACAAUCACGCACAGCUGCAACACCCCAUGGGCGGACAACUGGAAGAUGGACAACGAAACAACGUAUAACGAAACAGUUGACGGACCGAAACUGGGCGGACUUACUGAAUUCGGAGAGAAAGUCAUUCUGGAGAUGAACCGUCUGGGUAUGCUUAUCGACCUGUCGCACGUUGCCAACGCGACCAUGGAGGACGCACUGCGAGUAUCUAGGGCUCCCGUCAUAUUUAGCCACUCGUCUGCGUUUAGCGUAUGUAACCACUUCCGGAAUGUUCAAGACUCCGUGCUUCACCUAUUGAAGGAAAAUGACGGUGUUGUCAUGGUCAACUUUUAUGACAAAUCCGUCACGUGUCCUCCAAUGAGAACCAACGCAUCAAAGCUAAAGCAUGUGGCAGACCACAUCGACUAUAUCAAGAACUUGAUAGGCGUAGAUUACGUGGGAAUAGGGGCGGACUACGACGGGGUGCCGAGCUUGCCCGAGGGUUUAGAGGACGUUUCGACGUAUCCCGCCUUGUUCGCGGAGCUGGUGGCGCGUCGCUGGAGUGACCUAGACCUUCAGAAACUUGCAGGGAGAAAUCUCAUAAGGGUGUUUAGGAAGGCGGAAAAGGUGCGAGAUGAGAUGUCCUAUAUGCCUCCAUUCGAAGACAUGCUGUCAGAGGAUGAAAACAGCCACAACAAGCCGUGCCAGACCGAUCUUAGUAUUUGGGGUAUGUAAUCUAUUAAGAAGAGGCGAUCAUCGGUGGAAACGGGUAGAGUGCAAACUGGGAAAAGGUCGAGGCGGUCUCAACUUUACGGCCCGAAUAUGAAAACACGGUUUCCGGAACAUGUUAGAGCGUUGAAUUAU